GUUCACUUGUAAAGUAUUGUAAAAUAUUUUUUAUUUUAAAACUUCCAAAAAUACGGUUUUUUAUUAUAGAAUAAAUAAUGGCAUCAUCAGCUGCAAGACAGGCACUAGGAAAGAGUAUGUAUUAUGUGAAACGUCCAUCAAAAUGGGAUAAAGGUUAUGGUGCAUAUUUACCGCAAGCUUACAGAAAAUUUUUUAUCGAAUGGAGAGUGAAAAAACCAGAAGCUGUGCAUUACAUCGAAAACAAAAACCGAUAUUGGCGAGAUGAAAAUACCGGAUUAGUUUAUCCAGUACAAAAUAGGCCCUUGCCUCUGAAAUUUCCCAAAGAACAAGACGAGGGUCUUUGGGGUGGCGAAGCUGUCAUACAAGGAUUUACAAAAAAGGAUCGUUACCAUCGAAGAGUUCCUCGAUUUUGGUUUCCGGCACUUCAAAAAUCGGUAGUCUACAGUAAAGUUUUGGACAAGUAUCUGAGGGUCACAAUUUCAGACAGAACUCUCCAGUUAAUUCACGCGAACUACGGAUUCGAUCAUUACAUUUUAAAAACUCCUGCCUGCGAUUUGCGAUCAAAACUUGCAGUGAAACUAAAAAGGCAAAUCCUUACCGCACUAGCGGACAAAACUCUUUAUCCCGAUGAUCCUGUUAAACGAGAAGAGGUUUAUGAUGACUACAAACAGUACCUUUCUGCUUAUACGCGUGAAGAAAUCGAAUGGUACGGACUAACUUUUGAAGAAGCCUGUGAAAAAUGGAAGAAAGAAAACGUAUCUACAAAAAAGACCGUGCCACUCAAAAUCGAAUUGAGGGCAAAGUUAAUAGAAGAAUUAAAGGCAGCACGCGGUAGUGAAUUGCCAACAAUCGAAGACACAGAAACGAGCUUGCUCUCGAAAAUCAAGAGCCUUAAUCCUUUCAGCAGCAGUUCGAAAACCGAUUAGAUAAUUUAUUUGUAAGUGGAGAAAAAUAAAAAGCAAUUACUACAUUU